AUGUCAGCUAUUGCCCCAAUAAAAGUAUACUUCAAAUACUCACUAGAACUUUAAUCAGCUUCACCAGUCAUGUCCUACUAUUGCAAACUAUAUGGUGUUAACAAGGGAUUUGAAUUGAUGAAAUCUAACCCAGCUGCAGCCACUUCAGAUGUAAAGCAAUUCUUGAUGGGAGAGCUCAAUGAACUUGAAAAGCUUAAGGCAAGUCUAGGGGCUACUACCAAGGACGAUCAUAAGUACUAAGCUGAAAACUUUGUUCUAAGUGUCUUCGCCAAAGUUGAUAAGGAAGAGAGAACUUGCGAGAAGAUUACCAAGUAAAAUGCCAUUGAUUUCAAGAAAUGUGGUGACUUUAUAUCAAUGCUGACAAUCUUCGGCGGCUUAGAGCCUGAGUGGCAAGAAAGAGAAAAGUAUUGCAAAUUUAAAGCUGGUUCAAUUCUCAGAUGUCUCAAGACAGGAGAAGAACCCCCAAGAGGAAAUCCAUUUGCUCAAGAAGAAGAGUAAUUACCCACAGAUAUGCAAGUAGAUCAAUCUAUGCCAUCUUAGCAUUCAUAAGAUCAAUAUCAUCCAGAAGAAGAAAUAAAACAGUAAAAUCAUUAACCAGUUGGUCAUAUUCAGCAAUAAUAAAAUUUCUAGCCAAAUUCAUUUCCUUAAUAUUAGCCAUAAUAGCAACAUCAACCACUACCUCAAUAUAAUCCAGCCCCAAUUUAGCAAUAAUAGUAACAAUAGCCUCCUGCAAGGACUGGACCUAUUAAAAAGGAUGCAGCAUAUUACAAAAGUAUUGCAGAUGCUAAAAAGAAGGCAUAAAAUGCCAUCAGUGAGCUAGAGUUCAAUAAUGUAGCUAAUGCCAUCAAAUUCUUUAAAGAGGCAAUCAAUCAUUUAUAACCAUACGAGUGA